CGCACUCACAAAUACAUUGCUCAGUCAUAUACAUGGGGCAAGUCUCCUAGAACGAGAUGGAUCAAAGUCAAUGAUAAAGAAAUUCGAGUCGCAAAUUCUUUAUUUGAUGCAUUGACCGCCUUUCGUCGUAUAGGAGAGGAUGUGAUUCUGUGGGUGGACGCUCUGUGUAUCAAUCAAGCGGACAAUAAAGAGAAGAGCCACCAAAUCACGCGUAUGACCGAAGUCUACAGGAAUGCAGAGGAGGUGUUUGUCUUCCUUGGCCGCGACAGUCCGCAUCUUACCAGACCAAUAAUGACCGAAAUGAAGAAGGCGGAUAAACAAAGCUCAUAUCCUCAGAUGAAGCGCUAUCUUGAAAAGUUAGAGUGGAAGAAAUUUAAGGAUGGGCUCAAAGAUCUCCUCAACCGCGAAUGGUUUAAGCGCGUCUGGAUCUUGCAGGAAGUCGCAUUUGCUCGGACACUUCGAAUAUUUUGUGGUUCCCAGUCUGUCUCCGAUACGUGCUUCGUUGCAGCUGCUGAAGCCGCCGAUAUUGAUCUAAAACCACACUGUCGCGCAAUUUUCGAGAUCAUGCCGAGACAGCACCGAACAUUCCAUAUGGGGAGCCAGGAACAGAUUACGUCCUCAUGGUGGAGUCCGGAGAAAACUGCCCUUGCCGAUCUUUUGAAGUUGUUUGGCAAUCGCGAGGCCACCCAAGCAUGCGACAAAGUAUAUGCGCUGCUUAGCAUGUCGUCCGAUGCUCGUGAUACAGACUACCUGCGACCAGAGUACGGGAAACCGGAUGCGGAAGUAGUUUACGAUACCGCGGCUUUCGUUGUC